CUGAGAACAGAAACAUCCUGGCAGGAUUGCCCAGACAGGGUUGAUCAGGAAGAACAGCUUGGCCGGACAACAGAGUUGGGAAACAUCGAAGGAGAAAAAAAACUCUCCUCAAAGAAUUGUGAUCAUAAAAGGGAAAAAGGAGUGGGGGGCUAACUCCCCAAACGACCACGCGAGACCCCCGCGCAUGCGUAGUGUAGUUUUGCAAGGCCAGCGUUAUGUAAAUGCAGUAGCUAGGCGGAGAGGCGGAGAUUUCCCGGAAAAUGUAUGAAUAUUCAUGUCUUAAGGUACAUAAAAGAUGAACUUUUGUUUUAGGGUAUGCACGACAGGCGGAGCUAUCCCCCGUGCAUCCAGCGCCGUAAUAAAGAACGCCUGCUUUCUAAUACUAGAAAUGGAGUAUUGGAGAGUUUAUUAUCCCAUAUUUGUUGACAGUUUCUGGUGACCCAGGUGGGACACUGCUUCUGAACCUGGAUGGAUCCGCGGGAUCAUAGGACCUCCAACCGGCACCGAGGGAUUUUCGGGGACAACCUCUGAUCCCCGGACUGAAGAGCUCUGAGCAAGACCCCUGGGAAGGUUUCACCUGGCUCCGGGAGUCCUCGACCAACAUUUGGGAUCCUGGAAGAGACCGGCGGGAUACUUUUCCAAACAGCUGGAUGACGUGAGUAAAGGCUGGCCGUCCUGCCUCCGGGCUGUAGCGGCGACGGUAUUGGUGAUUCAAGAGGCCCGGAAGUUCGCUAUGGGGUAACGGAUGACCAUGUCCAUGCCCUGUAUGCUGACAGCAGUACUGGAGCAAAAGGAAAUCACUGGUUAUCACCGAGCAGAAGGAUGAAAUAUCAAGCCAUCUUAUUGGAGAUGGAUGAUGGGAACCUAAAGGUUGCAGGGAAUCCAUUAUACUCGAGUAAAACCAGCAUCAGACCCAAAAGAACCUCAGUGGAAGGUCACCUCGUCAGAUCAAGAUCCUCUCCGAAUAAAAUUCAAAAAUCAACAUGAAAAUCAGCCAGACAUACAUAGAUGACGAGUUUGAGACCCAACGGAAAGGAAUCAAUUCGAUCGAGAGGGCAGCGGACGAGUGGGAAAAACGAAAGGAGUCUUCCCACUCGUGGUGGAAUUGGUUAAUCUCACGGCUCCCAAACCUAACGUGGCUGAAGAAAUUAUUUGUGCCACCAAUGGCCGAGAGUCACCCAGAGGCACCGGGCACUGGUCUGCGGGGCCUUGUCCCCCCAUCGCACUUCGUGCUCCGUCCCCCCGGCCCCAGCACCAGGACCCUGGAGGCGGAGCUUGAGGCUGAGAAGAGGCGGGGCCAGGCCUUGGAGGCGGAGCUUGAGGCUGAGAGGAGGCGGGGCCAGGCCUUGGAGGUGGAGCUUGAGGCUGAGAGGAGGCGGGGCCAGGCCUUGGAGGCGGAGCUUGAGGCUGAGAGGAGGCGGGGCCAGGCCUUGGAGGCGGAGCUUGAGGCUGAGAGGAGGCGGGGCCAGGCCUUGGAGGCAGAGCUUGAGGCUGAGAAGAGGCGGGGCCAGGCCUUGGAGGCGGAGCUUGAGGCUGAGAGGAGGCGGGGCCAAGCCCAGGGGGCGGAGCCUGAUGGGGAGCAGCCCCUGGAGGAGUGCCAGGCUCAGGUGCUGCUCCAGGCCCGGCUCAGCGCUCUUGGCCACAUCCUGACCCUGCAGGAGCAUGAGCUGAGCCGUGAGCUUCCUCCCACUGGAGUGCCCAUGGCGGUGACCCCCCCCCGGCUGCAGGCACUCCUGGGGCGCUGGCGGCAGAAGGUCUUCGCCCUCCUGGUGCAGCUGCGGGUGCAGGAGGAAGCGCAGCGGGUGCUGCGGGCACAGGUGGGGGCACUGGGGGCGGCAGUGGCAGCGGGGACACGCCGGGUGACGCGGCUGGAGCUGAGCCUGCGCGAGAGAGCGGCCACCGCCGAGCUGCAGCGUCGGGACACCAAGCGCCUGGCGCAGGAGGUGACACGGCAGCGGGGACGGGCAGAGGCGGCUGAGGAGGCACUGGGGGGAUUGGCCCGGGCGGCCGCAAGGCUGGCCGGGGUGGUGACAACACGCGAGGCCGAGGUGACAGCAGCCACCAGGACCAUGGUCACCCUCAGCGCCCGUCUGCGCCGGGCAGGACGGCAGCUCCGCGUCCUCCAGGCGGGUGGCCCUGGACUCACCCUGUCCCCAGGGCUGGUGACCCUGGUGUCACCCUGUUCCCUGUCCCCAGGGCUGGUAGCCCCCCCGGCGGUGGCCUCGGACUGUCCACGGUGGCAGCAGGACCUGGCGGGGGAUGACUCGGUGGCCAAGGUGACAGGCAGCACCCAUCUGCUCACAGGGACGGUGGCCAGGGUCCGGCACAGCGCGGUGGCCCCGGGGGUGGCUGAGGAGGUGACACACGGCCAGGUGAUAAAGGACAAGGUGGUGCGGGACAAGAUGGCACGGGACGAGGCCACCCCCCGUGGAGACAGGACGGGUCCCCCCCUGGGCAGAGUUUCCCCUCCGAGCCCCCAAUGUCCCCCCCCGUGUCCCUCCAGCAGCUCUGGGCUCCCUCGUGACGCAACUGCAGGCGCUGGGCGCCGCCAUCCUCGGGGACGAUGGUGACAUCGGUGACCCCCCUUGACCCCCCCCCAACCCUGCUGCGGACCCAGGCAUUGGGGUGAGUCCCUCCCAUCACCCCACCCAGUGCGGAGAGGACCAGUUUGGCCCAGUCUGGCACUGGUGUGACCCACGUGUCACCAAAUGUCACUUCCCAGAUGUCACUCAGCUCCCGCGCAGGUUUGUGGCUAACGCAGUUUGUGCCGUGGGACGCGGGGGGACACGGGCUCUGCGCCGGAGGAAGGAUGAACGCUUGCAUCAUCACCUGGGCGGCUCCUUUUGCUCACAGAUGCACAAAUUAACAAAUUAGCGACUUUUAAGUGAUACAACUUGAUGAUUUGAGCGGUGAAUAAGCAGAUUUGGGUCAUAAACUGCUCCGUGCAAAGGGGAUCGAGCCCUUGUUAGUUCAUUAUAUUUCUUAACGAGCACAUAAAAUUGAAUUUUGAGAGAUGCAAAUGGACCGUGAUGUUUUAUCGGUGGCAGAAGCGGGAUCUCUUCCCCGUGUUCCUAAAAAGGACUCGCUUCCGUUCUCUUCUCUUCUAGUUCCUGCGCGGGUAGCGGAAAGAAGGCAGCAGAAGCAGACGUGAGCUAAAAUCCCUUUUAUUGUCAGAAAUAAGGUGCCUCUCGGCCGGGAGCCCGCGAAGGAUCCUGUGUUACACUCUUGAUUCCUUUUAUACAAUUUUAAGACCACUCACGUGCUCAUUUUUUCACGCCAUCGCUUGUUACUGUUCACUUCGGAGUAUUUGUUCACGCAAACGCUCUGCGCAAGCGAGCUUAAUGCAUAUUUCUUAGCUGAAUUUGCACUAUUUUUGUGGCAACUUUGCUGCUUUCAGCCCGUUUUGGUCUGGUCUCUUCCAACAAGAUCCUCUUGUAGAGGCGAGGUUGGUCAAGCUCAUCCUUGGAGCUUCAUGAAAGACAGGUCCUGCUUGACCAACCUGAUCUUCUACGACAAGGUGGAUGAGGGAAAGGCUAUGGAUGUUCUCCCUGGACUUCAGUAAAGCCUUUGGUGCCGUUUCCCACAGCGUUCUACUGGAGAAACUGGCUGCUCGUGGCUUGGGUGGGUAAAAAAAACUGGUUGAAUGGCUGGGCGCAAAGAGUUGUGGUGAUUGGAGUUACACCCAGUUGGCGGUCGGUCACAAGCGGUGUUCUCCGUGGCUCAGUCCUGGGGCCGGUUCUCUUUAAUAUCUUAAUGAUCUGGAUGAGGCGAUCGAGUGCACCCUCAGUAAGUUUGACGACAACACCAAGUUGAGUGGAAGUGUUGAUCUGCUGGAGGGUAGGAAGGCUCUACAGAGGGAUCUGGACCGAUGGGCCGAGGCCAACUGGAUGAGGUUCAACAAGGCUCAGUGCCGGGUCCUGUCCUUGGGCCACACCAACCCCAGGCAACGCUACAGGCGUGGGGAAGAGCGGCUGGAGAGCUGCCCGGUGGAAAAGGACCUGGAGGUGUUUGUCAACAGCCGGCUGAACGUGAGCCAGCAGCGUGCCAAGGUGGCCAACGUUGAGGUGCUGGAGCGUGUCCCAAGACCGGCAACCGAGUGGUGAAGGGUUCAGAGCACGAGUCUGAUGAGGAGCAGCUGAGGGAACUGGGGUGGUUGAGUCUGGAGAAGAGGAGGCUGAGGGGAGACCUGAUCGCUCUACAACUCCCUGAAAGGAGGGUGUAGCCAGGUGGGGGGUCGGUCUCUUCUCCCAAGGAACAAGCGAUAGGAAGAGAAGAAAAGUCCUCCAGUUGUGCCGGGGGAGGUUUAGAUUGGAUAUUAGGAAAAAAUUCUUCACUGAAAGGGUUGUCAGUCCCUGGGCCAGGCUGCCCAGGGCAGCGGUGGAGUCCCCAUCCCUGGAGGGAUUUAAAAGACGUGGAGAUGUGGUGCUUGGGGACGUGGGUGAGUGGUUGGGCUUGGGAGUGUUGGGUUAACGGUUGGACUUGGUGAUCUGAAAGGCCUUUUCCAACCUAAAUGAUUCUAUGAAUUCCCCCCUUUUUGUGCAAACUUUAAAUUGGAGCAGAAUAGUAUUUAUAUCCAUCAAUUUGAGCAAGACAGGCUGAGUAUAUUUGAGUGAACCAGCAGAAUGCGAUCCCUAAACCAAAUAAAAAUCUUAAUAUCAAACCGACAAAUUGUUUUGAUGUUGGGGUAAUACAAGGAAAUAGGU